AUGAUACGAAGGAUACGCCAGUUAUCCCGAUCUGCCAGAUUAUAUGAAUCAUUUAUAGAACCGCAUCAAGAUGAAGCACGGACAUCGUACCUCAUCCACACAAACCCCCCACCUAGCAACUUACCCACGCGUGUCCAUUCCAAUGAUACCACCUCGGUGAAAUACACCGCCCUUCCACACAAUCAACCUGCCACGCCCGACGUGCUUUCGGAACGUAUAGUCUCCAUCGCCGAUUACUUCUCAGGAAAUACCCAUCAUACCCAUCAUGUAUUCUAUUCUUCGUCGCAAAUGCAGCUUGCGCAACGAGCAGCUCGUGUAGAGGGCCACUCUCGAAAAUUCAUCGAUUUGAAAAUGGUUAGAUUGACUAGUGGGAAAGGAGGUAAUGGAUGUGUUUCAUUCAUGAGAGAUACUAAUAAACCUGUGGGCCCACCAAAUGGUGGUGAUGGUGGUGAAGGUGGGAAUGUGUAUGUGUCCGUGGUUGAUAAUGCCACCAGUUUGAACCAUAUUAAGAAAACGUAUAUUGCGAGAGAUGGUACUCCUGGGAAAGGUGACCAGCUAGAUGGGAAGCGUGGGGAAGAUAUCAUUAUUGAAGUCCCCGUGGGUACGGUAAUCCGGUGGAUUCCUGAUCCUGUUGAAUUGAAACAGUAUAUGAGAAGACGUGAGGGUGAUGUUGUCGACGAUGUAUACAUCCAAUUGAAAUGUGAUGGGUUCCACAAUAUUCAAAUGUUUAGAAAGGGGUAUACACCAGGUGAAGGGUGGAUCUUUGGUCAACAUGACCAAGAGUACUUUCUCGAACGUGACUUCUUUAAUAACUUGAAUAAGCAAGUGACGAAAUACGACGAAGAGAUCAUUAACGCUGAAAUUGACGAAGAUAAAUUUCCAUUAUUAGGUAUUGAUUGUGAUAAACCUACGAAAAAGCCAGUUCUAUUGCUCAAAGGUGGUCGUGGAGGAAUGGGGAAUAUGCACUUCCUUAAUCAUGAAGUGCGUAACCCCAGAUUCUGCAAAAUUGGCCGCCCGGGACUUACAUCUUUCUUUCUUUUUGAAUUGAAGUUAAUUGCAGAUUUAGGAUUAGUGGGACUUCCAAAUGCGGGGAAAUCGACAUUACUUCGUGCAAUCUCGAGAGCAAGACCACGGGUAGGACAUUGGGAAUUCACUACUUUGCAGCCUACUGUAGGGACUAUUUUCACUAUGAUAGAUAAAGAUCCCUUUACCGUGGCUGACAUUCCUGGGAUUAUUAAAGGGGCAUCCAACAACAAGGGAAUGGGACUUGAUUUCCUUAGACAUAUAGAACGUUCUGGUGGACUUGUGUUUGUGAUCUCACUCGAGUCUGCUAACCCAGUAGCUGAUUUACAAACAUUGGUAGAUGAAGUGGGGGAAAAGCGAAUGAAGAAUAAGAAAGUGCUUAUUGUUGCAACCAAAGCUGACUUGAGCAGUGAGGGGAAAAACUAUCUCGAAUUGAAGCACCACCUUGAACAGACGCAGCCACAGUGGAAAAUUGUCCCUGUAUGCGCGCCAAAGGGGGAGAAUAUUGAUAAAUGUAUUAGAUUAAUGGGGGAGAUUGCCCAAAAGGAUAGUCACAUAUCCGAAUAACCCUCCCACACACACGCGUAACUGCUCUUGUAUAUACGUAUUUAGUUCUUAUCUAAAAUAAUUUUUAGUAAAGGAAAAAAAAAAAGACAAUAGAUCCGUGUCCUGGACAAAAAUAUCAUGAAAUAAACACAAGGUAGACAGUGGAUAGUGGUUUAAAUUAGACUGCGAUGUAUGUUUCUGCUUGCACAGGAACCCUGUCUCCACAA